CAAUCUGAACACCACUGGUUGUUUUGUUAGCUCCCAAAAGUCUUGAAGAAAUUUCAUUCCCUCAACUGAAAUUAGAAAGAUAAAAAAUGCAAGGAUGUUUUCGUCGCCAAGACUCACAUCGUUGAUCUCUUUCAAGUGGGGAGGUCAAUUGGCAAACGUGAUUGCGGGCACUGUGUCUGAAUCUGGUAGAUGAUGUGAGAGAAGGUAUGUUGAGUAAUUCUAGCUGGUUAUGCUUAUUGAGUACUUUGCUGCUAUCAAAUAUUUAUGAAUCUACAAUCUGGGCAUGAUAAAUCAAUGAAAAAGAGGAGGUUUGGAAGAAAAAUCUCUUAUGCCGGAAAACCAUUUUCCGUGUUUUCAUCUUUGGUCCACCGAGCGCGUUUUCCGUCUCCUCUCUCACUUGGGAAGAAAAAGACCGCACAAAACCAACUUCAAGCCUAUUAAUAAUCCUAGUCCUAUUCCUAUUCCUAUUCCUAUUCCGUAGGAAACCCAAAUGCCGCUCUAUAUAUUAAUCUCAUGCCUCACAACACAAACUUUGCCUUUCAUUCCAGGUUUGCAGCAAACUCUUGGAGAGCAGAGUGAGUUUUCAAGAUUCAAAGACUCGCAAUAAUCACAGAAUCACAACAAUGGUGUUCAUCGCAUCCCCCAACCACAAAACCCUAACCCUAAACCUAAACCCAAACACCACCACCCUCCAAUCUCUGAAAUUCCAAAUUGAACAAAUUUCCAACGUACCCGUCUCUCACCAGCGCCUAUUCAUCUCCCAAAGCCUCCAAUUGUUGACCCAAAGAGGCUCCACCCUCCUCGCCGACCUUGGCAUCAAACCCUACUCUACCCUAACCCUCCACGUCCCCUUCUUCGGUGGCACCCUACCCCACAAAAAUCCCAAACCCCGCCUCGAUUUCCACAAUUCCAAGCCUCCUGAGGGUUAUGUCGCUGGGCUUGGCCGUGGUGCUUCUGGGUUCACCACAAGGUCCGACAUUGGGCCUGCCCGAUCUGCCCUGGAGCUGCCCGAUAGGGCAAUUGGGCAGCCUGAGGAAGCAGAGGAGGAAAAAGGGUACGAUGAGAGUCAGCAAUUUGAUGAUUUCGAAGGCAACGAUGUUGGGCUGUUGGCACCAGAUGCCAAACUGGAUGAAGAUGAUGAAAAGGCUGAUGCAAUGUGGAAAGCAGUUGAUGAGAGAAUGGACUCCAGGAGAAAGGACAGGAAAGAGGCUCUGUUGAGAGAAGAGAUUGAAAAGUACAGAGCUUCCAAUCCCAAGAUUACAGAGCAGUUUGCAAGUUUGAAGAGGAAUUUGCACACAUUGUCUGCCCAAGAAUGGGAGAGUAUACCUGAAAUUGGGGAUUAUUCAAUGAGAAACAAGAAGAGGAGGUUUGAGAGCUUUGUGCCGGUGCUGGAUACCCUUUUGGAGAAGGCAACGCAGGAGAAAGAGCUUGUUACUGCAAUAGAUCCCACUAGUACAGAUUUGACUGCCGUGAGGCAGGGCAGAGAUAUAGUGUUGUCUUUGAAAUUGGAUAGGAUUUCGGAUUCUGUCUCGGGGUUGACAGUUGUUGACCCAAAAGGGUAUCUUACUGAUCUUAAAAGUAUGAGCAUCACAAGUGAUACAGACAUUCAUGAUAAAAACAAGGCUAGAUUGUUGAUGAUGAGUUUAAUGAAGUCAAAUCCUAAGAACCCACGUGUGUGGAUUUCGGCAGCAAGGUUUGAGGAAGUGGCAGGAAAGAUGAAGUCAGCCAGGAAAUUGAUUCAGGAAGGGUGUGAGGAGUGUCCUAAGAGUGAGGAUGUGUGGUUGGAGGCUUGUAGGCUUGCUAGCCCCAAAGAUGCUAAGGCUGUUAUUGCUAAGGGAGUUAAAUUUAUUCCCAAUUCAGUCAACUUGUGGAUGGAGGCUGCGAAAUUGGAGCAUGAUAAUUUGAACAAGAGCAGGGUCUUGAGGAAAGGGUUGGAACACAUUCCUGGUUCUGUUAGGCUGUGGAAGGCGGUCGUGGAUCUAGCGAAUGAGGAGGAUGCUAGAAGUCUGCUCAAAAGGGCUGUGGAGUGUUGUCCAUUGCACAUUGAAUUCUGGCUUGCACUCACAAGAUUGGAAACUUAUGAGAAUGCCAAGAAGGUCCUCAAUAAGGCAAGGGAGAAUCUAUCGGAGGAGGCUGCAAUUUGGAUCACCGCAGCAAAGUUGGAAGAAGCUAAUGGGAAUGUGUCCAUGGUUGGGAAGAUUAUUGAAAGAGGUAUUAGGGCUUUGCAAAAAACAGCGGUUAUUAUUGAUAGAGAAGCAUGGAUGAAGGAGGCUGAAGCUGCUGAGCGUGCAGGGUCUAUAAUGACUUGCCAAGCUAUCAUUCGGAGCGCAAUUGGGAUUGGUGUGGAGGAGGAAGAUAGGAAGAGGACAUGGGUUUCUGAUGCAGAGGACUUCAUGAAAAAAGGUUCCAUUGAAACAGCCCGAGCAAUUUAUGCGCACGCACUUACUGUCUUCUUAACCAAGAAGAGCAUAUGGAGGAAAGCGGCUCAGCUUGAAAAGAGCCAUGGUACUAGGGAAUCUCUUGUUGCUUUGCUUCGUAAAGCGGUGACGUAUUGCCCACAGGCUGAAAACUUGUGGCUUUUUGGUGCUAAGGAGAAGUGGCUUGCAGGGGACGUGCCUGCUGCCCGUGCAAUCCUCCAAGAAGCUUAUGCUGCCAUUCCCAACUCUCAAGAAAUUUGGCUUGCUGCAUUUAAACUUGAGUUUGAGAAUCACGAAUCCGAGAGAGCAAAGAUGCUUCUUGCCAAAGCCCGAGAAAGGGGAGGUAACGAAAGAGUAUGGAUGAAAUCUGCAAUUGUUGAGAGGGAAUUAGGGAACAUUGAUGAGGAGAGGAAGUUUCUUGUUGAAGGCUUGAAGCGCUUCCCUUCAUUCUUUAAAUUGUGGUUAAUGCUUGGACAGCUAGAGGAACGGCUUGAUCAUUUGGAAAAAGCCAAAAAGGCCUAUCACUCAGGUCUGAAGCACUGCCCCAAUUAUCUACAACUCUGGCUUUCUCUUGCUAAUCUAGAGGAGAAAAUGAUUGGGCUGAGUAAAGCUCGCGCAGUUCUUACAAUUGCCAGGAAGAAGAACCCUCAGAACUCUGAACUGUGGCUUGCUUCUGUUCGAGCUGAACUGAGGCAUGGCAAGAAGAAGGAAUCUGAUAUUUUGAUGGCAAAGGCUUUGCAGGAGUGUCCCAAUAGUGGUAUCUUGUGGGCAGCAGCUCUCGAGAUGGUAGCUCGUACCCAACGGAAGGCAAAGAGUAAAGAUGCCCUUGAGAAAUGUCGUCAUGAUCCCCAUGUUGUUGCUGCUGUGGCCAAGUUAUUAUGGCAUGACAGGAAGUUGGACAAAGCUAGGAAUUGGCUCAACAUGGCAGUAACGCUUGCCCCCGAUAUUGGGGAUUUUUGGGCUUUAUACUACAAAUUUGAACUUCAGCAUGGUACUGAGGAGAACCAAAAGGAUGUAUUGAACAGAUGCGUUGCUGCAGAGCCAAAGCAUGGAGAAAUAUGGCAACCUAUUUCAAAGGCCGUGGAUAACUCCCAUCAACCAAUUGAAGCUAUCUUAAAGAAAGUUGUGGCAGCAGCCGAAAAUAAUAAACAGUAGUUCUGCUUAUCCUAGAGGGGAUGGAAAAACAGAAAUGUCACAGUGGAUGCAUAUGCAGUUACGCUUGAUCGAUUUGUUUAGCAGAAUUCGCAAACGACUUGGCAAUAGUUGUGAACAUGGAAGUCACCAUGCUGUCAUAGGGAAGUUGGAUUAAUCUGCCUUGGGAUACAUGAUUUUAGCCAAUUAGUUUCUUUCUUUCUUAUCCUAAAUUUUCCUGUUAAUUUAUUACCUCCAGGCAAUGAGGCAGUCAGAGUUAUGAUCAACGUAUCGGUUUAUCUGCUCUUGUAGGAGAUGUGGCCUAACUUAUGUAUAUGGACUAUGCUUAGGAGGACUUAAUGUCCAAAACUCAGUUUUGCUGAGUAUUCUGACGGAGUGUCUUGAGCAAGUACUAUAACCUUCAGCUACAACCCUCAAGGGUACCUCUCUGAUCCACAUCAAGGACGCUCACAAACUGGGAACAUGUUUACAUGAGGAGGAAUUGCAAUCUCAUGGUGCUCAACGAAACAACCAUUGGUAGCCACAUCUUCCAAUCACUUGGAAAUACUUGCCCUUCAUGAAGCCAGUCGUGGAUGCGUUUGGUUAAGGUCGGUGAUCCAUCACAUCUGAAGCACAUGUGCCCUACCCUUCGCAACGGACACUCCAACCAUCCUAAAUGAGGACAAUGCAGCUUGUAUUGCUCAGAUCAUGGAGGAUACUCAAGGGUGACCUAACUAAGCACAUAUUACCAAAGUUUUUACACACACAUGAGCUUCAGAAAAAUCAAGAAAUUAAAGUCAAACAAAUUCGCUCAAGCGAUAACUUGGCAUAUUUCUUUACCAAGUCUUUGCCAAAAUAUACAUUCCAAAAGCUAAUACAUGACAUCAGUUUACGUCAACUCUGCAAGCAAUGAAAUUGGAGUGUGCAAAAUCAAGGGGAGCAUUCAAGAGUCCUUUAACACAUGACAUAUGCACGUUGUACUCUUUUUCCUUCGAUUAGGGUUUUCUUCACUGGGUUUUUCCUAGCAAGGUUUUAACGAGGCAAUAUGAGCGCAUUUAACAUUACCUUUACGUCCCAAAUGAAGUUGUACUAUUUUUCCUUCGCUUAAGUUUUUCCCAUUGGGUUUUUCCAAGCAAGGUUUUAAUGAUGCAACCAAUCUAGGGACAUGUGGUCUCUAAGGAGGAGUGUUGUAAAGAAAGUGGUGGAGCCCACAUAAAGAAAAGAAUAAAAUAUAUUCAAAAGGCAAAUGAUGAUGUUGGGCAAAUAAUGUUGCCAGACAUAAGAGGAAAUACAAAGGCUUCUCAAGCCUUUCUUGCUCAAUUAUAAAAGGUAGGCUAGUUCCUUAUUUUGAACACAAGCCGAGAGGUAUUGAGACGAAGUGAGAAGUGAAAAACACACUGAAUUGUGAGAAGAAAAGAGAGUGAGAAAUCUAAGAGUUAGUGAGUUCUAUCUGAGAGGAAGUUUUUCCAGUGUAAACAUCACAUAGCAAAUACAAUUCUACUCCCAAUAUUCAGUAGUACUUUUCAUACUCUAAUUAUUUUUGGAUUGAAUAUGUGCGGGAAUAUUGAGUUGCACGUGAAGUAAAUGAGCCACAAUAUUUAACAAGGUUCAGCCAUGCCUAUGUCCUUGAAGAGCAUGAGCAGUAACUUUUUCACUAUGUAAAAUAAUAGGUCUACAACUUUAGUUUUUAUAAUAUAUGUGGCUCACUGAUUUUUCUUACUUGGAGAAUUUCUCUCUGCUCUUUUUUUCCUCUCCUCUCACUCUCCCUUUCUUUCUUUCCUCUCUGUCUGACUCUCUUUCUUCUCCCAAUUGGGUCUGUAUGCAAAGGCAGAAUAAUUCCUUAUUUAUAGGCUAAGGAAAUGAUGCCCGUGAGUGUGCAAGUGAUAAGCCUCCAAGAUGUGGCUGACAAGGAAUCCAACAUGUGGGCUCCACUCACUAUCUUUACAACACUCCCCCUUGGAGACCACAAGUAACUAAUAGGUCAUUUCAUUAAAGCGAAUACGUGGAGGUCGAUGACCCAUUGGUUUUGUGGAAAGCCUUAUAUGAAAGAUACAAUGACCAGAAGACGGUGAUCCACCCAAGAGUCAAAUAUGAGUGGACACACUUGAGAUUCCAAGAUUUCAAGUAAGUGUCUGAGUACAACUUAGCAAUGCACAGAAUCACAUCUCUGAUGAAAUUGUGCGGUGAAAAUAUAUUUGAGAAGGAUAUGCUCGAGAAAACCCUCAGUACAUUUCAUGCCUCAAAUGUGCUCCUUCAACAAUAAUAUAGGCAUAGCGGUUUUACGAAGUACUCUGAACUGGUAUCUUACCUUUUAUUGGCUGAGCAGAACAAUGAGCUUCUAUUGAAAAAUCACUUAUCUCGCCCAACAAGCUCAUCACCAUUUCCUGAAGUAAAUGUUGCAUCUCAUGAAGCGAAUACCACCUCAUCUGGUGGCAGUACCCACAGACGUGGGCAAGGAGGCGAGCGUGGCCGUUGGCAAUGGAAUAAAAAAGAUCAUGGUGCCCAUUCAUAUGGAUUGGGUCAAGGGAGCAAUCCAUCCACGAGUGGCAAAAAUACAUCUCGGAAUAAGGGGAAAGCGUAGACAAGCCUUGUGCCUAGAAAUGUUGAAGGCGCUUGUCACAGAUGUGGUGCAAAUGGACAUUGGGCGCGUACAUGCCGUACAACGAAGCAUUUGGCGGAUCUUUAUCAAUCUUCAUUUAAGAAUAGGAAAGUGGAGACAAAUUAUAUUGAUCAUGCUAUACCAUAUCUAUCAGCCACAUAUGGCCCAUUGGAAAUAUUGCGUCAGUUAGACAUGACGCAUCUAGAUGUUUUCGAUUUUGUUAUUGAAAGAGGGAAUGAAGUUUAUGGGUCCGAAUUAGACUAAAUCCCUUUAUGUACCAUUUGUAUUAUCUGAAGUA